UAUGUGUGUCAGCGAGAGAGAGAGAGAGAGAGAGAGAGAGAGAGAUAGAUACAGUAAGUAAGACAGCAUGAGCGAGCGAGUGAAAGAGAGGGAGGAGUGACAGAAAGGGAAAGAAAAGAGGGAAGAAAGAGACUCAUUAAGCCAAGUUCUUCUGAGCACUCGUUCUGCUACACAGACUUUCUCUCUCUUUCUCUCUCUCUCUCUCUCUCACACACACACACACACACACACACACACACACACGCAUACUCAAAAACACAAAGCAGAAGUGGACAAAGACACACGGUUUCAGUCGCCGCGGUUGGCUAUGGCUCAGGGCUCUGACAGCAAUGACACAAGUUACAAGUCCCCAUCUCCUGGAAGCAGGCCGAGCUCCUCAGAUGAUGCGAAGAAGGUGAUGCGGCGGGAAAAGAACCGGAUCGCUGCUCAGAAGAGCAGGAUGAGGCAAACUCAGAAAGCUGACAGUCUACACUUGGAGAGUGAGAACCUGGAGAAGGAGAACGCUGCCCUGAGGAAGGAGGUGAAGCAGCUGACAGAGGAGGCCAAGUAUCUGUCAUCUGUGCUGAGCAGCCACGAACCUCUGUGCACCGGCCUGACUCCUCAGACCCCCGACCUCCUCUACCCUCCUCAUCACAGCAGCUACCACCACCAGCACAUCACUGUACCACACUACCAGCACUGACCUGUAUGACUACUGAGACGGCCGAAGAAGUGCUGUGAACUGACCUCAAUGGAGAGAAAGACUGACUGGCGAUGUCUCUAUAAAUGUUAACCUUUUUUGAUCUAAUCUCUCUGAACUGAUCAAGGAGUAACAUGACAGGGUAAUAUGUCAACAAAGACAGCAUGGGACCCAAAAUGCAGUAUUCAAAACUAUUUAUUUUGCUUCUGCUCAUGUCUUUGCUUUUUCUGCUCAAUAUCAGUGAUCUGUAUUUGAACCUACAUGGUUCAAUGAGUAGAAUUAUCAACCAGUCUAUGUUUACAUUGGGAGAAAAAAAAACAACCUGUAUGUUCAGGUGUUCAGACGACACAGUAUUUUUGUAAAUUGCUUAUUUUUUGUGUCAUGGAGAGCACCUCUGUCAUCCUGUCAUGUUUUGAGUUUCCCGUGUUUAUUAAUGUGUUUCAGUGUGUAAAUGUAGAUCGAUGAUGCUCAGGAGAUAUUGACAGGUUUGAUUGUGGACCAACAAGAAUGUAAAGUCACGAUCCUAAAAAAUGCUUAAAUUUAUCAAAAGGAAAUGACUGGCAGUGAAUAAUGGACAUUCAAAGGAUCUUGACUUGUGCACUGGUGAUAAUGAUGGUGUGUGAGAAGACCCAGCAAAGAUAUUUAUUAAAUGUGAUGCCUUUUAGGUUUCUGA